UUUUCUCAGCAAGAGUGUUUUAAAUUACAGUAUUAUAAGUAAUAACUUUUUCAGAUACACUGUUUGAUUGCAGGCUGAUGUCUACAGUGUAUGACCCCAUUAUGCCUAUUUUAAUUCAAUUCAUGUAGUUGCAUGCCUUUCAGUGUGUCGUGACAAAGGACUGAUUUUCUAAUUCCAUUUACCUGUCUGGAGAUGUUGAAAAAGCUUUGGGACACAGAGUCUGACGCUGUCUAGCGCCGCCCAGUUGUCCUUUACUAACCAGCAAUGAUUGACUGCCCAAUGAAUUGACAUCAAGUGUUGAUUGCAUGAUCAGCUUAUCCCUACAUAUAAAAGGCAAAACAACACAAAAAAAGCAGUCCAAUAGACAGCAAGCUGAUAGACUUCCCCCGUUCGUCUCAAAUCUGCAUGCAGACAACUACUUUAUGGAUAUUUGGGUUUCCUCACCAUAGCAACAGAGCUGCAAAACCGUACCGUACAAUCUCUCAUCACACACAGUCGUGCCUGGGAUCGCACGGCACGCGGGAGAGAGAGGGAAAGGACUCCGCUUCCAUGCGCUUAAAUCUCUGGAGGAAUUUUUCUCAUUACAACCAUGACAGUUCACUUACAACAGCACCCAAGAGCCAAGGGUCAUGUUCACAGUCGCCGAUCGAGCAGUCGUUCCUGCGUUCAACUGAGAGACAAAUGGAGGGAUGCAACAAUUUCACUGUUUGCUCACCAUGACGGAGGCGCUCUGUGCUGAAUCCUUUUGUGUCACGCAGCCAAGCUUCUGUCCUCGCCUCACGCCUGUGGGUUAACUGCCAGAGGAAGGCUGGAAGAGCCCCCUCCUCUUCCACACCGCCAAUCUGCAAUUUUUACUCAAUCUGCCUCUCUUGUCUCGGUUUACCUCGGUGUGCGAAUAUCUCCACCCCUUUCUCUCACUCUCUCAUGCUUUCUCUCUCCCUCCCACAGCUUGCUAUCUCUCCUCCCCUCGUGCCUUCAAAGCCAGUCUGCUCGUCACUUUAGGGCUGCUUGCUAGAUGAUCUCUCGGAAAACAACAUCCGCUUCUAUCUCCGGCAGCUCCAUGUCGAGGCUUCUUUAGGAUUUUUUGUCCAAGGCAGCAGGAUGCUGAUGUGCCGGCACUGAUUCUUCUACUUACCUUCUCAUUUUCCCCUUUCCCCUUCCCUCUCCUAAUCUCCUGCCCUCUGACCUUCAUCACCACCUUUCACCUGUUCCCUUCUAUCCCUAUUCCCUCUCUUUCUUCGUCCCUCUUUCUUGACCAUGUUGCCAUGUGUCUGCCGGUUCCAGCCUGUCCUUGCUUUGCUAUCCUUAACUUUCUUUACUCAAGGGGAAAACUGUCCAGCGACCUGCCUGUGUCCAGACCCUCACACCGUAGACUGUAGCGGACGAGGACUUACCCAUCUUCCGGAAGAGAUCCCGUUGGAUGUGAGAAGACUGCUGUUGGCCGACAACUGGAUCCCACGUAUUCCCUCGGACUUCCUAGUGCUCUUCAGUGACCUGGUCUAUCUUGACCUCCGCAACAACUCGCUGUCACGCAUUGAGCCGGGCACCCUUAGCACUUCCUCCAGGUUAGUUUUCCUGGACCUCGGCUGCAACAACCUGACUGAGAUCCCCAAAGGGACUUUUGGAGAGUCGAGGAGCCUAAUUAAGUUGCGCCUGGGCAAUAACCCCUACUUAAGCAUGGUCAACGAAGAUGCCUUCACGGGUCUCACAUCCCUGCGUGAACUUGAACUAGAACGCAAUGCUUUAUCUGGGCUACAGGUGGGUGCCCUGAGCCAACUGCCCUCGCUCCGGAUGGUACGGCUAGAAGGCAACCCUUGGGUGUGUAACUGCAACUUUGCCAACCUGUUUACUUGGCUGAUGGAGAACAGUCGCAAGCUUCCUCAUGGUAUAGAGAGUAUGGAGUGCUCUUUGCCCACCGACGGUCGCCGCGUGCCUCUCACCCAGCUUUCCCAGGACAGUUUUCGGGAAUGUCAGAUGACCCUGACCCUCACGGAUUUCCUCAUCAUCAUCUUCUCGGGCAUCUCCGUCUCUGUGGCCGCCAUCAUGGCCAGCUUCUUCCUGGCGUCAACCGUACACUGUUUCCAGCGCUGGAGCAAAGGAACCAAAGGAGAUGAAGAAGAGAGCGAAGAAUGAGGAGGAGGAUGAGAUGAGUUACCUUUAAUCUGAUUCAGAGCCAAGACUUGGAGUAGCGGAGAGAUAAACAUUAAGACUCUGCUCUGUGGUCACCGGCUUCUCAGUUGGACAAAUGUAUCUGGUGACAGUGCUACUAAAAUGACUAGUAUGCAUUACUGGACUUCUGGUAUGCGGGUAAGCCUUAGUAUGCAAACAUCCAGGGAUUUCCGUGUAACAGGAGAUUCUUGAAGACCUUGUCCUCCAGUAACAUUUUCAGUGUUGAAUAAUAUUGUCUGUAGAGUUUCUAUUUAUGUAGUAAACACAGUAAAGGCAGCAAAAUAAAAUUGUGCUACUUGUUAAUUGUGCCAAAUUAGCACAGGCAGACAGCAAUGGACUGAUCUACAGAAAACAAAGUCAUAAAAAGCAGGUAGAAGUCAAAUAUAUCAGUUAUAGCUUUACACAGCCAGUAUUUGUGACAGAAGCCAUUUAAAAUAGGAGAAGAGGAACUUGGAUUUCAAAAGGCAUUACCUAAAUGAAAAGACACGAUAUUUAGAAUAGUUUCGUGUAAAUAGCCGUGUCAAAUAAUGCACUUUAAAAUGGUUUAAGUUGCUUCCGCCCUCAAACCACUAAGUGGACUGGCUUGGCCCAGAUCUGCCAAAGAAUGCUUAGACUGAGGGUCGCUGCGUGGUUCAUGUGUCUUGGAAUAUAGAUUUAUUUUUCUUUAAAGAUAUCCUGUGAUCUUAGCAAGAUUACAUUUAUUUAGCAUACUUAUAUUUACCCUUAAUGUGACUUCCAAAUACUAUAUUUAUGAGAUGGAGAUAAGUACAUACUACUGCUUUACAAAUGUCUUAGUGUCCUUUGUGUCUUAAAGAUAUAUUGGCAUAAUGAAUACAGUGGCCCUGCUUAUUUGGACUUUUAAGCCACACUUAAAGUAAAUAAAAUAUGGUAAUGGAUUAAACUUUAGCACAAGUGCACUUUCAAGCGAAAUUAUUCACAAAAAGAUGUUAAUUUGACAUGAGAUUAUCAAACAAUAUAUAGCCUAUUCCUUUCUAAAUUAAAGGGAUAGUUCACCCAAAAGUGCAAUAAUGCACCCUCAUGUUGACAUCUAUAGUAAGAAAAAAAUACUAUGGAAGUCAUUGGGGCUUCUGAUCGGUUCGGUUUAGUUACAAACAUUCCUUAAAGUAUCUUCCUUUAUGUUUAUCAGAAUAAAGACAUUUAUACAGGUUUGUAACAACAUGAAAGACAGUAAACUUUUUUUUGGUGAACUAUCCCUUUAAAGGACAAAAUAUGCUCAUUAAACAUUUGAUUUUUACAGUUUUGGAAUCCAUUCAACCAAUCUCCGGGCACUACUACUUUUAGCAAAGCUUAGCAUA